GGCCGACUGCCACCACACCACACACCACUGCAGAGUAAGUAUUUGGCGCUGCUUGGCGGAGGAGUAGCCUCGAAGUCGUCGGCGGCAGGGUGGAGUCGUCGUCUUAUCGCCCCCACACAUCUAUCAACGAACAACAUCCCCACAAUGGUCAACGUCAACAUCCAGACUACCAUCUCGCCUUACACGCAGGAGCCGAUCGCCACGCGCCCGCUCCUCUCCAAGGCCGAGCUCGACAAUGCCAUCGCCGAGGCCGUCAAGGCCCAGAAGUCGUGGCGCAAGGUCGCGCUCGACAAGCGCAUUGCCAUUGCCGAGAAGUGGCUGACUGAGUUCGAGUCGCUCACCGACCUCCUCGCCGAGGACAUUGCCAUCCAGAUGGGCCGCCCCGUCGGCUCGUCGCGCGGCGAGAUCAACGGCACCCUCUACCGCGCGCGCCACCUUAUCAAGAUUGCCCGCGAGUCGCUUGCCCCCAUCCCCCAGACUGCUACCGACGACGAGGCCAACAAGCGCGAGAUUGUCAAGCAGCCCCUCGGUGUCGUUGCCAUCAUCACCCCCUGGAACUUCCCCCACCUCUGCACCGUCAACUCGGUCAUCCCUGCCCUCCUCGCCGGUAACGCCGUGAUCAUCAAGCCUGCCCCGCAGACCCCUGUGCCCGCCGAGCGCUGGCUCCAGACCCUCACCGCCGCCGGCCUCCCCACCAACGUUCUCCAGGUCGUCCACCUCGCGCAGGAGGACACUCUCAACCUCCUCGUUGCCGACCCCCGCAUCGACUUUGUCACCUUCACCGGUUCGGUCGUUGGUGGCCGCGCGGUGCAGGAGGCGGCCGCGAAGGGUCCCCUCUUCAAGGGCGUGGGCCUCGAGCUCGGCGGAAAGGACCCUGCAUACGUCCGCGCCGACGCCGACCUCGACUACACCGUCGCCAACCUCGUCGACGGCGCCAUCUUCAACUCGGGCCAGUCGUGCUGUGCCGUUGAGCGCAUCUACGUCCACUCGUCCAUCUUUGACGAGUUUGUCAAGCGCUACGCCGAGACCGCCAAGAAGGACUACGUCCUCGGUGACCCCCUCAAGCCCGAGACCACCCUCGGCCCCGUCGUCUCGCUCGCGUCGGCUACCCGUAUCCGCAAGCAGAUCGCCGACGCCAUCGCCAAGGGCGCUACCGCUGUCGUCUCCGAGGCCGACUUCCCCGGCGCCAAGGAGGGCACCACUCUUGUUGGCCCCACUGUCCUGGUCAACGUCGACCACUCCAUGGACAUCAUGACCGAGGAGACCUUCGGCCCCGUUAUCGGCAUCCAGAAGGUCGAGAACGACGAGGAGGCGCUCCAGCUCAUGAACGACUCGGAGUACGGCCUCACUGCCUCGGUCUGGACCCUGCCCACCGAGGCCAACCUCGCCAUCUUCGACCAGUUUGUCGAGGACCUCGAGUCGGGCACCGUUUACCUCAACCGUGCCGACGCCCUCGACCCCGCUCUCCCCUGGACCGGUGUCAAGAACUCGGGCCGCGGCAUCUCGCUCUCGACCCUCGGCUACGACCAGCUCACCCGCGCAAAGUCGGUCAUGAAGCGCGUCAAGCUCAACUAGAUGGGACAGCAAAAACAUAUAGUAGAUAGGGACUAGGACUCCGGGCAUGCAGUAGACU